GGCAGAGGCAGAGGCAGAGGCAGGAGCCAGCGGGGUAGGAGAGGAGCUGCACAUCUGGAGCCAGAAUGUCCACCAAAGGCAAACACCCACAGCCUGAGCAGGGGAUAGACCCUUUUGAGGAAAAGCUACAGAGGCUGAAGGAGGCCUUCAACACAGGAAAGACAAAGAUGGCCAAGUUCAGGGCUGAACAACUGCAGAACUUGGGCCGCUUCCUGCAGGACAAUAGCAAGCAGCUACAUGAUGCCCUGGAUGCAGACCUGGGCAAGGCAGCCUUCGAGUCAGACAUAAGUGAGAUCAUCCUGUGCCAGAAUGAGGUGGACCUGGCCCUCAAAAACCUGCAGACCUGGAUGAAGGACGAGUCUGUGUCCACCAAUUUGCUCACAAAGCUGAGCUCAGCCUUCAUCCGGAAGGAGCCCUUUGGCCUGGUGCUUAUCAUUGCACCCUGGAAUUAUCCUUUGAACUUGAUGAUCAUGCCUUUGGUGGGGGCCAUUGCUGCAGGAAACUGUGUGGUGCUGAAGCCAUCAGAAAUUAGCAAGAACACAGAGAAGGUGCUGGCAGAGCUGCUGCCCCAGUAUCUGGACCAGAGCUGCUUUGCUGUGAUGCUGGGUGGGCCGGAGGAGACCAGCCAGCUGCUGAAACACAAAUUUGACUAUAUCUUCUUCACAGGGAGUCCUUGGGUAGGCAAGAUUGUCAUGGCUGCUGCUACCAAACACCUGACACCCAUCACCCUGGAGCUGGGGGGUAAGAACCCCUGCUAUGUGGAUGACAACUGCGACCCCCAGACAGUGGCCAACCGUGUGGCCUGGUUCCGCUACUUUAAUGCUGGCCAGACCUGUGUGGCCCCCGAUUAUGUGCUGUGUAGCCAGGAGAUGCAGGAGCGGUUGAUACCCGCCCUGCAGAAUGCCAUCACGCGUUUCUAUGGAGACAACCCACAGACCUCCCCCAACCUGGGCAGAAUCAUCAACCAGAAGCAUUUCAAGCGGCUCCAGGGAUUGCUGGGCUGUGGCCGUGUGGUCAUCGGGGGCCAGAGCGAUAAGGGAGAGCGCUACAUUGCCCCCACAGUGUUAGUGGACGUGCAGGAGGCAGAGCCCGUGAUGCAGGAGGAGAUCUUUGGUCCCAUCCUGCCCCUGGUGACCGUGAGGAGCCUGGAUGAGGCCAUUGAGUUCAUCAACCGGCGGGAGAAGCCGCUGGCGCUCUAUGCCUAUUCCAACAGAGCUGAGGUCGUCAACCAGGUGUUGGCCCGGACCAGCAGCGGGGGCUUCUGUGGGAACGACGGCUUCAUGCACAUGACCCUGCCAGGCCUUCCUUUUGGAGGAGUGGGAUCAAGCGGGAUGGGCAGGUACCAUGGCAAGUUCUCCUUUGACACCUUUUCCAACCAGCGUGCCUGUCUGCUGAGCUGCCCUGGGAUGGAAAAGCUGAAUGACCUCCGUUACCCGCCAUAUAGUUCCUGUAGGCAGCAGCUGCUAAGAUGGGCUAUAGGCUCCAAGAGCUGCACCCUCCUGUGAAUGUGACCCUGACUCCUCUCUCCUGCUGCUCUGCCCCAACCUACUUAAGCUUUCAGCUGCUUCCAAGUACCCAGUGGUUUCCGAAAGGCAAGAAUCUGAUCCAGCCUGGGAAUACCCCACUUCAGGAACUUUUUCUGAACACACCUGCAGCUAGGCAGGACCUGUUGGUGGCUGGUCUAGCCUUUUCCCAUAGCACAUCACUCUCAGCAGCUUAGACAGAGAAGCCCCCUCCCCAAGUUUGGACAGAUCUGGUGACUUAGGGGAACUUUUUUUUUGUCAGAUCAUAACAGAAUCCCAAAAGACAGAGGCAGUUGCUCACAACUCCAUCCACACCUGGAGGGUGGCUUUGUUCCACCUGAAGUGACAUGAUCAUGAACCCAGAUAAUUGGUGAAAUCUGAAGUGUGUCUGUCAUUGGUUACUUUCCUGUAACUUCUAUUAAAUGACCUGAUGUGGGCAAGUUCAACCGGG